AUAAAGCCGGUAAGCUCAUUAAACAGAUUUUUCAGGGAAACGUUUUUCUUAAAUAUCGCGCCUCGUUGCGGCCAUAUCUGUGAUUGAGACUAUGGAAUCACUAUAAUGUUCAUUUACAUGCAUCGAAUUUGCUAAUAUUUGGCAAAAUCGAGCGAAAGAAAAAUAUAUGUACAUAUACAUAUAACAUCAAUCAGCUGAUAGGUGGAAAUAGCUGCAGUCGAAUCGGUCGCGUGCGAUGCAUCGCCUGAUGCAUUUGCAGGCCGGAGGUUUGUGUAUGCGCGUGCAUCAGCAGAAUAUUUUGAAAGAAAAACUGCUACAAUCGUUGUUAAAUGCUCGCUAGACUGCUACUUUUUUCGUCGUUUUAUCAAAGGUCGUUCAAUACCGUGUGACGUUUCUUAUGGCCUUUUAAACGCCGACUAAAAAAAAACACAGCUCGAGUAAUUGAUUGAAGUGGUGUUGCCUGUCCAGCUUAUGGAUUUCUCAUACGCUGAAUGAGUGAACGACAAACGUUGAAAUAAAUAUCUGUAAAGUGUAAUACAUUUCAUAAAAAUGAGGCUUCUGUCAUGUUAUUUCCGACGUUUUAUAAUAGCGGCAUUGUUCGUCACACUGCUGUUUUGCAUUGUCCAAGUCUUUCGAACGGAACUGGGCUUCACUGACAAUGAUCUAUCAAAUUUGGAUAAAUUAAUACAUAUAUCUCAGUUAAUUAAAGAAUCGGAACAAACUUAUGUUGGAGAAGGAAUUGUUGCUUGCAAGUUACCGCAGUUAAAUGUUUCUAAUCCAGAGAUUACAAAAUUCUUACAUGAUGUUCCUCCCUUGUCGUGCACUCCCGAAGAUUGGGUCAUACUUCGUGGCUCAAGACUUGUUAUUAGUAAUAAAGCAAAGAAAAAAUAUGGCUCGAUAACUUGUUCUUUCAGUGAAAUUCUUCGAGAUGAUGACAACAAUGUAUCAUUUAUGACCCCAGUUGAAUCCAAUGAUUCCUAUAUCCUUAGACAUAGUGAUUUUGUUGAUGUUAAAUGUGAAUCAAAAAAUGGUAAAGAAUGGCACAGUAUUAUGGCUGGAGUGAAGGAUGAUCCUCAGGUGAAAGAGAAAAAUAAAUGGGAAAAUGUUCCAAAAAAUGCUCUUAAACUGAAUGUACUUAUGUUUGGUUUUGAUUCACUGUCUCGAAAUACAUUCAUACGUAAAUUGCCAAAGACAUAUCAGUACAUAAAAGACACCUUAGGUGCUUUAGUUUUAGAAGGGUAUAAUAUAGUAGGUGAUGGAACACCGCAAGCACUCAUUCCUAUUCUAACUGGAAAGAUUGAACUUGAAUUGCCAGAUACUAGAAAACGCAUGGGACAAAAAGCAAAGUAUGUUAAUGUAUAUCCACUAAUAUGGAACGAGUAUAAAAAGAAUGGUUAUAUAACUGGAUUCAUGGAAGAUGUAUAUCAUAUUGGAACCUUCACAUAUCGUCUAAAGGGCUUUAAAGAACAACCAACCGACCAUUAUAUGAGAACAUUCUAUUUAGCUGCAACACCUUACUUUAGAUACUACAAUAAAUAUUGUGUUGGAAGCAUACCACGACAUAUGGUGAUGUUGAACUAUAUUAAGGAAAUUUUCAAUGUCUACAAACAUCAACCCAAAUUCUUAUUUGGAUUUCAUGGUGAACUUUCACACGAUUCUUACAAUGAUAUAGGAGUGGUUGAUGAAGAUUUGCAUAGUUGGGUAAAAGAUUUGCAUGAAUUUGGUCACUUAAAUGACACAAUAUUAAUAUUGAUGAGCGAUCACGGACACAGAUUUGCAGAAAUUCGUAAUACUCUACAGGGUAAACAAGAGGAAAGAUUACCAUUUUUUUCCUUUGUCUUUCCUCCUUGGUUUAAAAAAGCUCAUCCGCAAGCAUAUGCAAACUUUUUACACAAUACACGUUAUUUAUCAACACCAUUUGAUGUGCACAAAACAUUAGAAAACAUACUAAAUUUUGAGACUCCAAAAAAUGGAGAUCGACACCAAAGAGCUAUUAGUUUAUUUGAUAAGGUACCAUUAGAGAGAACAUGUGCAGAUGCAUUUAUAGAACCACAUUGGUGUGCUUGCCUUAGUUGGCAAGAUAUUCCAAUUAACAAUGAUAAUGUAAUUGCUGCAGCUAAAUAUUUUGUUCAAUUUCUUAAUGCUUAUACUGAAGAACAUCGUGACAUAUGUGAGCAAUUACAAUUAAAAGAAAUAUUAUGGGCUUCUAAACUUAUACCUAAUAAAGGUUUGUUGGAAUUCCAAAAAUCUGGAGAUCAAGAUGGAUUCAUUGGAGACUUUAGUGCAAAAACACAAAUGACCAGUGAAACUUAUCAAUUAAAAGUAAAAACAGAACCAGGUGAUGGACUAUUUGAAGUAAGCAUUACUUAUGACAUAAAGAAGAGCACAUACUCAACCAAAAUUUCAGAUGUCAGUAGAAUUAACAUGUAUGGAUCUCAAGCAAGAUGCGUGGAAAAUUCUUUGUACCAUUUAAGAAAAUAUUGUUAUUGUAAGGAUGAAAUAGGAAAUAUUUAAUUUGUCUUAAAGAUUACUCCAGUUAAUACAUAAAUUACCUGCCAAAAAUUUGAUAAAGCAGGUGCUGUGAUUAUCACUGUUUUAGUCUUUAUAAGAAUUUAAGCAACAGUCUAGUAGUUUUUAUUUAGAUUUAUAUAGACCAAACAAUCAAAUUUCUGUUAAUAAUGGAAAUAUAAUUUUUUUCUGUGUUAAUUCAUUCAAAUAUCAGAAUGAAAGAGGCAAUGUAUUAUAUAAUAAAUUUUAUAUUUAAACAUCUG